AAGUAUGACUCCAUGGUGAGUUCAAAAACGUAGUUUUCUUCACUGAGAGAAGUAGUCGUGCUAAAUAUGCUACUUGGCUUCGUUUAGUGAGGUAGAGAAAAGAUGAAUAAGGUUGUUUUGGUGACGGGAGCCAACAGUGGCAUCGGCCUGGCUCUGUGUCAGCGUCUCCUCAGCUGCCAGGAUGCAGAAGGACUCCACUUGUGUCUGGCCUGUCGGAACAUGCGUCGGGCUGAAGCCGCCCGCUCUGCCCUGCUCGCUUCCCACUCUGCGGCCCAGGUGACGCUGCUGCAAAUGGACACCAGCAGCAUCAGCUCGGUUCUCACUGCUGCACGGGAGCUCCAACUCAGGUUUAACCGGCUGGAUUAUGUCUAUCUAAAUGCGGGCAUCAUGCCGAACCCACAGUUUGACCUCAAGGCUUUCUUCGAAGGCCUCUUUUCCAGCAAUGUCAUCACCAUGUUGACAACUGGCGAGGGCAUCCUGACCCAGAAGGAUGGCAUCACUCCAGAUGGCUUGCAGGAAGUAUUCGCCGUCAACCUCUUUGGUCACUUCCUGCUUAUCAGGGAGCUGGAGCCGAUUCUUUGCCAAGCAGGUCGGACCUCUCAGCUCAUCUGGACGUCCUCCAGUAACGCUCGCCGCUCGGCUUUUAGCCUGGAAGACGUCCAGCACCGCAAAGGCCGCGAACCGUACAGCUCGUCCAAAUAUGCUUCGGACAGUCUCAGUCUGGCGAUUAACACUCAUUACAAUAAACAGCUGACUUGUGCUCACCAGGGCUUAUACUCAUCUGUGAUUUGUCCCGGUUUUGUGAUGACCAACCUGACCUACGGCAUCCUGCCUUCCUUCCCAGCAUUCCUCUGGACCCUAUUUUUGCCUCUCCUAUGGCUGAUCAGAGUGUUUAUCAAUACGUUCACCCUGACACCUUACAAUGGAGCUGAAGCUUUGAUUUGGCUUUUUAAUCGAAAACCUGAAAUGUUGGACCCACGGGCCAAAUACCACAGUUUAACAUCUGGCCUCGGUCAUUGCUACACUCAACCACGGCAGAUGGAUGUCGACUUGGACACGUCGGAGGAGCUCUAUGACCAGCUGCUGCAGCUGGAACGGGAAGUGAGGAGGAAGCAUAUCACAUCUUAACCACUGGCGUAAUAUGUUGUCAGUGAAUUAUUUUAGCAUCUUCUGAGGCACGUAAAAAUCAUAUUCAUGUUUUAACAUUGACACACAAGUGUAAAAAGAAGUUAAGCACCGUUGAUUGCACGAAACAAUAAAACACCUAACCUGGAAUCUGAA